AUGGCCACUGAUCGUGAUGUAAUAUAUAAAGUGAUAAUCGAAUGGAAGAAGGAGUUCACUAAUAGCAUCAUCCUUGAGGAUCUCCUAGACCACUUGUGUUUGGCGAAAGUCAUCGGGGUGAAUCACAGCAACAUGUGGAAAGGAAAGACUCCAGAGGAGCAAGUGGAAUUCCUCGAAAAGAAGAUACCUAAGGAAGGACGUUCGGGCUUCAAAGCAAUGUUGGAAUAUCUUUUUGAGAAAGAAACUGCUUUUGCAGAAACAUUGCUGGUAUCCCUGGGGAAGAAGAACAAGGAAUUUGAGGAAUGGAUUCGUAGGGCACAAGAAGCAGGUAUGUACGGUCAUUUUCUGGAACCUCGCCCCAAGCCUUCACUGCAGCCGAAUUCUACCAGCCAGAAACUCUACUCACAUGGUAUCCUCAACAAGCUGGGAGAAAAAUACCCAGAACACACAGGCUACCCACUUCAACCAGACUCUGAGGGACCGACAUAUUACCGAAUGGAGAUGCAUUACGACAACCCUCAACUCAUAGACGGUAUCCAUGACGAUUCCGGUCUCACCAUCUACUAUACAGACAAUCUCCGCACCUACGACAUGGGCACCAUCGUUCUCGGCUACAUUGUCACCUAUACCCAACUUGUCCCACCUGGAUUGGGUGACUUCAUGACUGUGGGCCACUGUCCCGGGGAAUGCACGGAGAUGUAUAUUCCUCCUGAGGGCAUUCACAUCUUCUCUGGACUGCUGCAUUCCCAUCUCCUCGGGAGAAAGAUGAGAGCCCGAAUAUUCAGAGACGGGGAGGAACUUCCUUGGAUCCUCCACGACGAACACUAUGACUUCAACUACCAGCAGAGCCGCGUUCUAUGGGAGGAAUUCCAUCUUCUUCCUGGUGAUCACAUCACCGUCGAAUGUGAUUUGGAUUCGUUGGAACGAGAGGAUGUGUUCCUGGGAGGACUUACGACCUAUGAUGAGAUGUGUGAAUUUUUCGUCAUGUACUACCCCAGAGUGGAAAAGUUAAACCUCUGCUUCACCUCUGUGGAAUACGAGUUCUUUCACGAUCUUUUUCAACUGGGCGGAGUCCAUCUCAACUUAGUGGAAAAGUUAAACCUCUGCUUCACCUCUGUGGAAUACGAGUUCUUUCACGAUCUUUUUCAACUGGGCGGAGUCCAUCUCAACUUGGAAUCCCUUAACUGGGAACUGGACGGAACAAACCAGACCCUGCACGAGUACUUCAGAGGCUUCGACUGGGAGAAUUUUGACUUGGAAACUUAUCAAGAAGCAGUUCGAUUCUCUCCUCAGCAAGGUAUCUGCGGAGACAUCUCCGACUUUCUCGAAGUGAAGGAUGUGACAUUCCCGGAAUACGAGAGUGAUUACAGUCCACCGCCGAGAAAGUGCCCCACAUGGGAAAGGCACAAGACUCUGGAUCGAGAUGGGAUCAUGCAUUUAUAUUGGACACCAGAUAUCGAGAGCGGGGAGAUCACAUUCGAGCUGCACGCGAAGACCCAGGGAUGGGCCGGAUUGGGCUUCUCCGCUAACGGUGCCAUGCCCGGAUCUGACGUCGUCGUUGGAUGGAUCAAGGAUGGACAAAUCUACUUCACGACAUGGGAACGGCACGAAUCAUUGGAUAGAGAUGGGAUCAUGAAUUUAUACUGGACUCCAGAUUUGGAGAGUGGGGAGAUCACAUUCGAGUUGCACGCGAAGACUCAGGGAUGGGCUGGAUUGGGCUUCUCAGCCAACGGUGCCAUGAUCGGAUCUGACAUCGUCGUCGGAUGGAUCAAGGAUGGACAGACCUUCUUCACGGACAGGCACGCAGUGGGAAACGAGCUACCUUUGGUGGACGAGAGUCAGGACUACGAACUCCUCUUCGCAUCCGAGGACGAGGAGGGGUUGACCCUCAGAUUCAAACGUCUCAUCGACACCUGCGACGAAGACGACUUUUACAUUACGAGUGACACGUGGAGUCUUAUUUAUGCAUAUGCGGAGACGGAUCCAGACGGGGAAGACCCCUUCUACCAUGGACGGGACAAUCGCGGGGUGAAAUCAUUGAAUCUCCUUGAUCCACAAAUCGGGGAUAUACCGGACGAACCAGGCUUGAAAAUGUGGGAAAUGAGGAACGACGUCAUCAUCCCAGCCGUUUAUACCUCCUAUUGGUGCAGUGUAUUCAAACCACCUCAGACCGACACCAAACAACAUAUUAUUGGGUACCAUCCUUGGGUAACGGAAGGGAACGAAGAAUAUGUGCACCAUUAUACGGUGAUGACUUGCACGGUGAAAGAAGGCGAAGAGGUAAUCUUCGAACAGUUCAUGCAAGAUUACCCCCAGGGUUCCCCUUGCUUGGAGCCUCAUGCCAACAUCCUUUAUGAUAAUUGCCAAAGCAUCGUGUCGGCCUGGGCAGUCGGCGGAGUGGGCGAAAAUUACCCAAAGAAUGCAGGCUACCCCCUGAAUCCAAUCACUGAAGGACCCACAUAUUUCAUGAUGGAGUUGCAUUACGACAACCCCCUGCUCAUAGAAGGGAUCCACGACGAUUCGGGCCAAAUAUCCUACUACACCGACAACCUCCGCACCUACGACAUGGAUCUCUUAAGCAUGGGGAGGAAGAUGAGAGCCCGAAUAUUCAGGGAUGGGGAGGAACUUCCCUGGAUCCUCCACGACGAACACUACGACUUCAAUUAUCAGCAGAGUCGCGUUCUUCGAGAGGAGUUCACGCUUCUUCCCGGAGAUCACAUUGUCACCGAAUGCGAGUUAGAUUCCUCUGAUCGUGACUUGGUGACACUGGGAGGACUGACGACCCAUGAUGAGAUGUGCCAAUUUUUCGUCAUGUAUUAUCCCAAGGUGGAAGGUCUUAUGCAUUGCGCUUCGAACGUGGACUUUCAGUACUUUCACACCUUAUUUCAAGUCGGCGGGAUCAACUUAAGCCCAGAAUCACUUGACUGGGAAGUGGACGGAACGAACCAAACCCUGCGCGAGUACUUGAGGGACUUCGAUUGGGAGAAUUUUGACCUUGAAGCCUACCAAGAAUCGGUUCGAUUCAACCCUCAGCUAGCACUCUGCGGGCGAUUUCCCGACGUUUUCGAAGUGGAGGACGUGACAUUCCCGGAAUACGAGAGCGAUUACCAUCCACCUCCGAGACAAUGCCCUUUCGAAAGCCCCAAUCCUUAA